GGAAACAUCGGCUCGUCCAACUGGGGUCUGAACCUCCUGCAGGAGGAGAACGUGAUCCCUGACAUCCUGGCGCUGGCUCAGCACUGCGACGUGCUGUCAGUACGAGGGACGUGUGUGUACGUGCUGGGCGUGAUCUCCAAGACGCGGCAGGGCUGCGAGCUGCUGAAGACGUUCGGCUGGGACGCCGUCCGCCACAGCCGCCGGACGCUGUGGCCCGUCACGCCGGAGGAAGUGGACACCCAGCUGACCUCUGAACUCUCCUCGGUGCCGAGCACGCUCAGUCUGAACUCCGAAUCCACCGGCUCGCGCCACAACAGCGAGAGCGAGUCUCAGCCGAACAUGUACAUCAUGGAUGACGAUAAGUGCGAUGUUCUGGACCAAUCAGACGAGCCUCCCUUCUACCUCCACUCCAAACCAGCGAAGGACCGCAGCCCCUUCACCAUCCUGGCCUCCACGCGCUUCGUCCGCACACGCUUCCUCAACUCGCUGUCCCUCCCCAGCAAGAAGCUGCGCUCCACCAGCGACCCCAAGUCUCUGUCCUCGGGUUCCCGCACGCCGACGGAGCCGAAGACGGGCAGCGUGCGGCGGAACCGCACGGUGACGGAGCCGUCGGCGUACAGCCCGGACGUCUUCACGCCGGUGUUUAACGGCCGGGGGAUGCCCAAGAGCCCCACCGUCAGCCUGGAGACCUCCUUCGUGGGGACGCGCGGCGGCUCCGAGGAGCAGCUGGUCGACGGCCGGCCGGCGCGCGGCGGCUCCGGGCUGGCGCUGAGCGGACUCGGGGGGAACGGCGCCGCCGAGCCGCCGGCCCGGGAGAGGGAGCAGAGCAGCCGGGAGCGGCUAGCAGGAGACGGCGGCUCGUCGUCCAGCGGCGGCACCGUGGGCGGCGGCGGCAGCACUCAGUUUAAAAGCCGCAGUCAGAGCUUCAACACGGACACGACGACCAGCGGCAUCAGCUCCAUGAGCUCCAGCCCGUCCCGGGAGACCGUGGGCAACCCCGAGCACCCCGAACUCGACUCCUCGGACUGCGCCAGCCUCAACACCGUCGUGUCCGCCGCGACGGUGAAAACGCUCCCCCCUCUCAGCCCGCAGGCCCACGCCAACCACAUGUCCGCGCCCAAGGCGUCCUCCGUGUCCCUGGUGCCGCCCGGGUCCUCGCACACACUCCCCCGCCGGGCGCAGUCGCUCAAGUCUCCGUCGGUGGCGACCAUCAAGAGCCUGGCGGACUGCAGCUUCAUGUACACCAGCCCGAGGGACGCGCUGGGCUACGCCACGCUGAAGAGGCUGCAGCAGCAGAGGAUCCACCCGUCGCUGUCGCACAGCGAGGCGCUGGCGUCCCCCGCCAAAGACGUGCUGUUCACCGACACCAUCACCAUGAAGACCGGCAGCCUGGACUCCCGGCUAACGCCGCGCAGGUGAGCAACACAU